AUGUCCUCUUGUCGCCCGGCGAAAUGUAAUAGCUGCUUGUUUUGAAUGAGAAGCCAUUGUGGACGGCGUCAGCAAUGGUCGCGAGUGCAGGCGGGAGGGCUCUUCUUCUUCUUGCCGGACUCCACAUGGCUUCGCUUUACACUUAGCUAGUCUGUUAAAUCCUCCUCGAGUAUGGGCAGUGUACUGGCUGCCACCUCCCCCAGUCCCGCCCCGGCCACGGUCGGAGGCGGUCAAGGGGUCCCCGGGUUGGCGUCGGUACCCCCGGGGUUCACCAUGCCCCCCGUGUCCUCCGUCCCUUCGUUGACGUCGUCGUCCUCCGACCUGCAGAUCACAGACUUGACCGAGUCCCCGCUCCCGAACCCCGGCACGUACGAGGAGUGCCACCGCAAAUGUAAAGAGGUUUUCCCAAUGCAGAUGGAAGGUGUGCGGCUAGUUGUUAACAAGGGCUUGAGUAACCACUUCCAGGUGAGCCAUACCAUCACCCUCAGCACUCUGGGGGACUCUGGCUAUCGAUUUGGCUCCACCUAUGUCGGCAGUAAACAAACAGGACCUGCAGAGUCAUUUCCAGUCAUAGUGGGCGACAUGGACAACACGGGGAGUCUCAAUGCUCAAAUUAUCCACCAACUUUGCACGGCCGUCCGCUCCAAAAUAGCCAUCCAGACUCAGCAGCAAAAGUUUGUGAACUGGCAGUGUGACUUGGAGUACCGUGGUGCCGAUUUCACUUCUGCCGUGACGCUAGGGAACCCUGACAUACUCGUAGGCUCAGGCAUCGUUGUGGCCCACUAUCUCCAAUCGAUUACACCUUCACUAGCUCUUGGCGGUGAGCUCGUAUACCACCGGAGACCAGGCGAGGAAGGUACAGUCACCUCCCUCCUGGGCAGGUACACAGGUAACAACUACGUUGCAACGCUGACUGUGGGAGGAGCAGGAUGCCACGCUACUUACUAUCAUAAAGCCAACGAUCAGUUGCAAGUGGGAGUGGAGUUUGAAGCCAGCACCAGGAUGCAGGAGACCACAACAUCUUUGGGUUAUCAGCUGGACCUGCCCAAAGCUAACUUGCUCUUUAAAGGUAAGUAUGGUCUCAGUUAUGUAUGUGAACAAUGCAGCAGCAAUCAUCUUGUCCUUCCUCCAUCAGGCUCUGUAGACAGCAACUGGGUGGCAGGGGCCACUCUGGAGAAGAAACUACUACCCCUGCCCCUCACUCUGGCCCUGGGAGCUUUCCUUAACCACCGCAAGAACAAGUUCCAGUGCGGCUUCAGCGUCACUAUCGGUUAGCGCGUCUCGGAGCUGCCCCGUCGUCCCUCCCAGGAGCCAGCUCGCGGGCCCCCAGCUUGGACAGGCACGGAGAAGACCCACAGGUACCUGGACUGAGUUUUUCCCAACAUUACAUUCAGAGACUCUCUUUUACUACUGUGAUUUGUGGGGGAAGACAUCGAGACAGAGACCACCAAGGGGCCAGGACUACAUCGUGUAGCACAAAUGUCUUUACGUUAUGGCGUAUCAAACAAACCGGAGGACAACAAGGCGUAUGUCAGCAAGGCAUCGGGGCGAUGCAUGAGAACGUCUUGUAAAAAUCAAACAGUGGUUAGACAUAAUAUAUGGUGAUCAUGUGAUGAUGGAAAUAAAUGUGAUUACUUUUUUAA